AUGGUCGCACUCGAUUUGGUCGCUGUUAACACAGCGCUUAGCAAAUCCCAAGGAACUACACUUUCUAUCAACCAUCAAGCUACCAUUGACCUCGACUCUUCCAACGCUUUCGAGGGUCCUGAAAAGCUCCUCGAAGUUUGGUUCACCCCUUCUCCGGAAUUGCUUCCUCCGUCCGCAUCGCCCGAGGGUCUUAAAUGCGUUUCCAAGGAAAGAUGGGAGCAGAUGCUUGAUAUUGUCAAGUGCAAGGUCCUAUCGGUUUUGAAGAAUGAACAUGUAGAUGCAUACCUUCUGAGCGAGAGUAGUAUGUUCGUCUUCCCUCACAAGGUCAUCCUCAAGACCUGCGGGACUACUACACUGCUCAAUGGCCUUCCCGAGAUGCUACGCAUCGCAAGCGAGGAAGCUGGAUUUGGACCUGGUGGUGGUGCAUUUGCUACCCCAUACAGGGUUUUCUAUUCCAGGAAGUCUUUCAUGUUUCCUGACAAGCAGAUGCAUCCACACAAGAGCUGGAGAGACGAAGUCGAAUACUUGGACGAGUGGUUCCUUAACGGGAGUGCAUACAUGGUUGGGAAGAUGAACGGAGAACACUGGUAUCUUUACUUGACCAACCCUGGCAGCAUGCUCUCACCACCUCUUACUCCCACCAACGAGCCAGCCGAUCCGCUCGAGAGACACGAGACGGAGACGCAGCUGGUCACCUUCCCCGAAGCCCAAGACAUUGUCUAUAAGAACAUCGGUGGCGGGCGUGAUGGCGGAAGUGGCAAUGGCAUUUUUGAUGAGACUUUGGAGGUUCUGAUGACUGAUCUGGACCAAGACAAGGCGAAGCAAUUCUACUUGGAAACCGCGAGUGCGGUCGCGGCCGGCCAGUACAGGCGCCAAAAGAACGAGGAGAGGUCCAAGGAGCCAGUCUUGAUGGAGGAGAAUGCUGGCUCCGAUGAUUUGCCCGAGGAGCUCACUAGUGAGGGGCAUGUUCUCGGAUCAAUUGUUUCGGAAGCUUGUGGGUUGGGUGAGGUUUAUCCCCGUUCCACGUACCCGGGAGCUAUGAUAGACUCUUACCUGUUUACACCUUGCGGAUUCUCGGCGAAUGCGAUCAUCCCCUCACCUGACCCGAAGAUCCCCACCACACACUACUUUACCGUGCAUGUCACUCCCGAGCCCCAUUGUUCAUAUGCCUCCUUUGAGACCAACGUUCCGGGUCGUAACUCUGGCCGGGAGACUGCCCAGAUCCUGGAACACGUUGUCGGUAUCUUCCGCCCGGGCAGAUUCUCGGUCACCCUCUUCGAGGCGAAGCCCGCCAUGGCGGAUCGCGGGGCUCGCGAGAACAUUUACGAUGUAACUGCAGCCAAGAGAUCUGCUCGCAUGGAUUGUAUCAAGGGGUACCGACGUGUGGACAAGAUCCGCCACGAUCUCGAUGGAUACGACCUCGUGUUCCGUUACUACGAACGUGACGAUUGGAAGGGUGGGGCUAAGCCUGUGUUGCGAGACUUUUGA